AGUGGAAGAAAGAGAGAUAACUCUCUCUCACACACACAAACACAAACACAAACACAUACAAUAUUUGUCUCUUGACUGACUGCCCAGGACGCUCGCACGUAAAGAAUCUCUCUCGAUCGACUUUUACUCGCAUUCUUCUUCUUAUAGGUUUCCCCGGUUCGAGUUAUCAAUUUUCAAGCUCUAAUGGUGAUAUCCAAUUGAAUGGUGAAAUCAGUAUAUAGACGACGACGACGACGACAUGGGAGCUCAGAAGAGCGUUCAUGCUGGAAAAGCCAAGAUAGACUUCAAUGUCGAUUUCACCCAUAAGCUAUGUGCUGCUUUGAUGUUCUCUCCUUUCAGGAACACAGGCGGACCACUUUCAUUGGUGAUUGGAAGUCUUUGCAUUAAACACCCAAAUUUGUUUGGCCGAAGUGAGAAGCUUGAUCUGUUGUGGGACAAAGGGCUAUAUGAUUCAAAUGUUCUAAUAUCUUAUAGAAAACCAAGUCCAGAAUGGCUCCCUCAAAAAUCCUUUGUCAUUCAGCAUUCUAUUUCUCCCGACAUUGGGAUCCAUGGCUUGCCUGUGGAUAACUUCUCUCGUUCAGGAAGUGGAGGAGUAAACUUGAGUCGGGUAUCAGUAGGAUUGGAUCUCAAUGAGCCUGCAAGUUCACAAUGGGGAAGCUUGAUCAGUAUGAGACUUGAACACGUCCGCCCUAUUGAUGAUGAUGGCAGAUCCAUAAGCAGGGAUACUGAUGGCUUUCCCAUUACAUGCAGUGGCAGUUUUAGUGACAGUAUGAUGGUACUAAAGCAGGAAACACGCUUUGCAAAGGCGAAUGAUCAUAGUUUCACCAGAUUUAGUCUACAAAUAGAACAAGGAAUUCCUGUCCUAUCCAAGUGGCUGGUGUUCAACCGCUUCAAAUUUAUGGCAUCAAAAGGUGUUAGGCUUGGACCUGCAUUUCUUUUAACAAGCUUGACAGGUGGUUCUAUCGUAGGUGAUAUAGCUCCUUAUCAAGCUUUUUCUAUUGGAGGUGUUGGAAGUGUUAGGGGGUAUGGCGAGGGUGCAAUUGGAUCGGGUAGAUCAUGUCUGAUUGCUAACAAUGAAUUGACACUCCCAUUGAAUCAGAUGGUGGAAGGUGCUCUUUUCUUGGACUGUGGAACUGAUUUGGGAUCUGGUCGUCAUGUUCCUGGAAAUCCUUCCUUGAGGCAUGGAAAACCAGGAAAUGGAGUUGGACUAGGCUAUGGGCUUCGUUUCAAGUCCCAAUUGGGCCAUUUUCAGGCCGACUAUGCAAUCAAUGCAUUUCAUCAGAAAACUGUAUACUUCGGCUUCAGCAAUUUGGCUUCAUGAAAUUCUUCUACAAAAGACCGGCAUACUCCAGUUUACUUGGACAGCAGUAUUAUCGACUUGUUGCAUUCAGUUUGUGUCAGAAAGUAAAUGAAUCCAUCAUUGUUAUGAUGAUUAAUGGAGAACGGCAAUUCGUUAGGAAUAGAGAAACAGGUCAAAAUCUGAUGCACAUUAUUUUUGGAUUGAAUUGAGAGCUUUGAAUAUAGGUGAAAUCUGUAAGUAUAUUCUAUUUUAUUACAAAAAAACAAAACCAAAUUCAAUUAAACAUUUGGAACCAUAACUCUUACAUGGAGUAGACUAUGUAAAGGAACAUUAAAGAGAAAAAUCAUAUACUGAGUGAGCAGCCAUUAGCAAUCUAAUAUGCUUAAUUAAA